AUGAAGACAGAGGAGGCACCAUCCUGCUUGCAGCAGGCCCCGGUGCUGGGCUUCGGGUCGGACUCCAAAAUGCGGGAGGUUUGUGCCGGCUGCGACACGCCCAUCUCUGACCGGUUCCUCCUGCGAGUCAAUGAGCGUUCCUGGCACGAAGGCUGCGUGAAGUGUGCCGCCUGCCUGCAGCCGCUGUCGGGCACCUGCUACUGUCGCAACCGGCAGCUAUACUGCAAGCACGACUACGAGAAGCUCUUCCAGACCAAGUGCAGCAGCUGCCUGAAGGCGAUUGCCCCGUCUGAGUUCAUCAUGCGGGUGCUGGAGAACGUCUACCACGUCCACUGCUUCUUCUGUUGCGAGUGCGAGCGGCGUCUGCAGCGUGGGGACGAGUUUGUGCUCAAGGAGGGGCAGCUGCUGUGCCGCAGCGACUAUGAGAAGGAGAAGGAGAUGCUGAGCGCCAUCAGCCCUGCGCCCACUGAGUCUGUGAAAAGCGAGGAUGAGGAUGGCAGCCACUCCCACGGCAGAGGCAGCGAGGAAGGCAAGGACCACAAGCGCUCCAAGCGCCCACGCACCAUCCUCACCACUCAGCAGCGACGGGCUUUCAAGGCCUCCUUUGAGGUUUCCUCCAAACCCUGCAGAAAGGUGAGAGAGACCCUCGCAGCUGAGACAGGCCUGACGGUCCGGGUGGUGCAGGUCUGGUUCCAGAAUCAAAGAGCCAAGAUGAAGAAGAUCGCUCGCAGGCAGCAGCAGCAGCAGCAACAGCAGGAGCAGGAGCAGCUGGGCAACCCGCGUUUAGGGACCGGCCGUGGGACUGGCCGCAGCAGCAGACAGAGCAAUGAGGACAGUGAAGAUGGAGCAAGUGUUCACGGACUAGAUGGGCUCAUGGUCCCCUAUCCCAGGAUUCCCCAGCAGCAGCUGCUGCCGCUGGAUCAGAACAGCUACAGCACAGACUUGUACCGACAAGGGCUCACGCCGCCCCAGCUGCCAGGAGACCAUCUGCAUCCCUACGACUCGGAGGGCGUUUUCCAUGACAUGGACAGCGACAGCAUCAGCCACUUGGGAGACUGCCUGCUGUCAACAGCCGAAGCCAACCUCCUCCAAGCCCGAGUGGGUAACCCCAUUGACCGACUCUACUCAAUGCAGAGCUCCUACUUCACCUCCUGA